UAACUAGACAAGAGUAGACAAAAGAAACAUCAAAUUGCGUGGAAUUGAAUGAUUCUUUUACAUACAUGAGCAGAAUGUAAACUUUAUUGAAAUUUGACGUAACUUAAAUUAAGUGAACUUACAAGAAUAAAUUUAUAAUAAUGCAAUUCUGAAAAAAGCUACCGAAACUGAAUGUCAUUUAACUCUAAAAUAUAUUUAAAAUUUAAACUUUGAAACUACCCAAAAAUUGCUGAAGCAAUGUGUGUAUUCUGUACAAACUGAAAAUUAAAAAUAAACCUUCACACUGCAAUGAUGACAUUACAAUUCGCUUAUGGAACAGCAGUAUUUCUUGUAUGGAAUUCCAUUGUAUUCGCCGAACAAGCAAAAGUUGUCGAUCUCAACGAAGAUACUUGGCGCAUUGCUCUCAAUAAAGAAUGGAUGAUUGAAUUCUAUGCUCCAUGGUGUCCAGCUUGCAAGAAUUUUGCUCCUGCCUGGCGAAAAUUGGGUGAAUGGUCAAAUGACAUUGGAAUAAAUACGGCUCAAAUUGACGUUACAACAUCACCAGCUCUAAGUGGACGUUUUCUUGUUACAGCAUUGCCAACAAUAUUUCAUGUUAUUAAUGGAGAGUUCCGACAAUAUCGAGGGCCUCGCGAUUCCGAUGCAUUAAUUUCAUUCAUAGAAGAACAAAAGUGGAAGGAAAUUGAACCAGUUUCACCAUGGAAACAUCCCGAUUCUGUACAAAUGGCAAUUGUUUCAUAUUUUUUUAAACUAUCGCACUAUCUAAAAGAGGUCAAUAAUGUAAUGCUCAUCGAUUAUGGAAUGCCACCAUGGCUGACUUACGUUUUAUUUGCCAUCGUAACUAUUUUGCUUGGCGCUUUGUUAGGGUUGAUUUUGGUUUCAAUUAUUGACCUUAUCUUCCCGCCUGUUUCACAAAACAGCCGCAAGAGUUUCUCUCAAGGUCAAAAAAAUUCAACAACAGCAACUGAUGAAGAUGCUCGUGAUGUCAUCGACGAUGAUGGUGAAACAGAAACAUCAGCUGCCGUUUUGGCCGACAAAGAAGAUGAUGAAGAAGAUGCUCAAUCAACAUCAGGCACUGAUUCAGAUGAAGAUAAGAAAUGUGAACAACCAACUUCGAAGACGAAACAAUUCAAAGAGACUUCUCCAGAGACUGAUAUAAAAAAUUCAUCACAAAUAUCACCUGGAAUUCGAAAACGCAAGCCGAAUAAAUCGCAUUAAAAAGAUGUUAACAAACCCAAAAUUGAGAAUUUAAAUGUAAUUUUAGGAACAGGAAUACAGAUUUCAUAAUUCAGUAAUAAACAGUAAGACAGUCAUACUGUUGUUCGAAUUUACUGUUUAUUAAGAAAUAAAGAAUAAUCAAUAAUAUAAUUACAAUUAUAUUAACAUCAA